AUGAGGCUGCUCAGGGUCCUCAUGAGAAGUGCCCCCCCUCACCGGCAGCAGCACCCAGGGGCUGGUGGACUACUACUCCAAGUUCUCCCCGUCACCUCUCUCCAUGAAGCAGUUCUUGGAUUUCGGAUCUGUUAAUGCUUGUGAAAAGACAUCAUUUAUUUUCCUGCGACAGGAAUUACCUGUGAGAUUAGCAAACAUAAUGAAAGAAAUAAACUUGCUUCCAGACAACCUCCUAAAGAUGCCCUCAAUAAAACUGGUGCAGAGCUGGUAUGUUCAGAGUUUCCAAGAAAUAGUCGACUUUAAAGACAGAAAUGCGGAGGACCCAGAAACUGUCAGAACUUUCACAGACACAGUGAUAACCAUCCGAAAUCGGCACAAUGAUGUCAUUCCCACCAUGGCGCAGGGUGUCGUGGAAUAUAAAGACAGCUUUGGUGUUGAUCCAGUAACGUCGCAAAAUGUGCAGUAUUUCUUGGACCGUUUCUACAUGAGUCGCAUUUCGAUCAGAAUGCUUUUAAAUCAGCACACAUUGCUGUUUGGCGGAGAAGUGAAAGUAAAUCCAGCACAUCCCAAGCACAUCGGCAGCAUAAACCCAACAUGCAAUGUGAUUGACGUUGUUCGAGAUGGGUAUGAAAAUGCAAAACAUCUAUGUGACUUGUAUUACAUAAGCUCUCCAGAACUGGAACUUGCAGAAUUUAAUGCUAAGAAUCCAGGACAGCCAGUACAGGUGGUAUAUGUGCCUUCCCAUCUAUACCACAUGGUAUUUGAACUCUUCAAGAAUGCGAUGCGUGCAACUAUGGAAUUCCAUGCUGACAAAGGUGUCUAUCCUGCAGUCAAAGUUCGAGUGUCCCUGGGGAAUGAAGACUUAACUAUUAAGCUCAGUGAUCGCGGCGGUGGAGUGCCACUACGGAAGAUCGAUAGAUUGUUCAACUAUAUGUAUUCCACAGCGCCACUUCCAAAAAUGGAGACUUCUCGUGCCACUCCACUAGCCGGUUUUGGCUUCGGUUUGCCUAUAUCAAAACUCUAUGCCCGGUACUUCCAAGGAGACCUUAAGCUGUAUUCUUUAGAGGGAUAUGGAACAGAUGCUGUAAUAUAUAUUAAGGCUUUGUCCACGGAGUCAGUAGAACGUCUUCCUGUUUAUAACAAGUCAGCAUGGAAACAUUACAAGACCAACCAUGAAGCAGAUGACUGGUGCGUGCCGAGCAGUGAGCCAAAAGAUAUGACAACAUUCCGCAGCAACUGA